ACUUCGAUUGGUGUGCAGCAUGACGCACGCGUCGCUCGGUUUCGGUCGGUCUUCCCUUGCCGUCUCCGGAUAGUCCCGAUUCCUCGGCGGCCGCUCCAUUCGCUCCAGUCGCUCAUCGGCGUGCGGACGAAGUAGUGAUUCUUGCGUCUCUACGGUCGCUCUCUACCUCGUUUCCUCAUCUGUAUCGAAGCGUGUUUUUCGAAAUAUCAUGGCAUCUGUAUGCAUCAUCGGCUCCGGCAACUGGGGUUCGGCUAUCGCCAAAAUAGUUGGCGCGAAUGCGAAAAAACAGAGCAGCUUCGCCGAUCGUGUUACCAUGUACGUUUAUGAGGAAAUUAUCGAUGGUAAGAAGCUGACCGAAAUUAUCAACCAGACCCACGAGAACGUCAAGUAUCUUCCAGGACAUAAGCUCCCCGAGAAUGUGAUUGCAAUUCCGGACGUAAUGGAAGCUGCGAAGGACGCAGAUAUACUUAUAUUCGUAGUUCCUCAUCAGUUCAUCCAAAGGAUAUGCAGUACCCUGCAAGGAAAGAUCAAACCCACCGCUGUCGGUCUGUCGUUGAUCAAGGGCUUUGACAAGAAAGAGGGUGGCGGUAUCGAACUUAUAUCUCACAUUAUUUCGAAACAAUUGCAAAUCCCAAUCUCAGUCCUGAUGGGCGCUAACUUGGCCUCCGAAGUGGCUGACGAGAUGUUCUGCGAGACCACUAUUGGCUGCAAGGACAAAGUGAUGGCACCGAUAUUUCGCAACUUGAUCCAGACGUCGUAUUUUAGGGUGGUACUCGUUGAGGAUGUGGAUUCAGUGGAAUGUUGCGGAGCAUUGAAGAAUAUAGUUGCGUGCGGUGCUGGUUUCGUCGAUGGACUAGGUCUGGGUGAUAAUACGAAAGCUGCGGUAAUUAGGUUGGGUCUUAUGGAGAUGAUCAAGUUUGUCGACGUAUUUUUUCCGGGCGGGAAAUUGGCAACCUUCUUUGAGAGUUGUGGAGUGGCCGAUCUGAUCACGACGUGUUAUGGUGGACGCAAUAGAAAGGUCUCAGAAGCCUUCGUCAAGACUGGCAAGUCGAUUGAGACACUUGAGAAAGAGAUGCUGAACGGACAAAAACUGCAGGGCCCUUUUACAGCCGAAGAGGUCAGUUAUAUGCUGAAAUUAAAGAACAUGGAAGGUAGAUUCCCGUUGUUUACGGCCAUUCAUCGGAUUUGCAUUGGUGAGCUAAAACCGACGGAUUUAGUCGACUGCAUACGCAGCCAUCCAGAACACAUGGACGAAGAUGCCUUGCCAUCGUCGAUGCUGCUCAAGUCACCCAAAUGCCAUCUUUGAGGAUACCGGGCAUCAUUUCUCGAAAGAAGAUUGGUCGCCAUUGGAAAUCAACAUCCUAAAUUAUACGAAAGAGCGUGAUGCUAGUUCAGCGACAUAUUGAAUUCAUUUAUUACUUGUCAGACUAAAGUGAAACGCGUAUUGUUAAACUGGAGUUUUGUGGGGAG